AUGACAUUCUAUGAUGAUAACUACAUCUAUUCAUUUUUCACAGAUUACUUUCCUCAAUUGCCAUAUGAAUUGAUAAUACGCGUAUUGCGAUCAUUAGGAGUUAUAGAAAUACUCCAAGUACAAUGUUUAAUUAAAGAUAAAGGUAUCAGAAGUAUCAAGUUCAAAGAAUUCAAGAAAGAAGGAUUGAGUAUCAGUAUUCCAUAUUAUUUGAAUCAUAUAAGUUGUCAAGAACGAUUUCAUGAUGUAAAAGAAAGGCUUGCUUUUAUACUGCAACUGAUUGAAGCAAAUGAUGAUAAUGAUAAUAAUAAAUUUCCUAUUUCAAUAGAUAUUCACAAACUUCGUUCGGAUUCAGCACUUAUUGUUCGUUCUAUAUUAAAGAAUUCCAAUGCUUUUGACAUUAAAGUAAAAAUCAGCGAUAUGGAUAUUUGUGCUCUAAACCAAUUAUUAGAAUUAGAUAUUGUUAAUAACGUCAGCGAUUUGUGGAUAGAGUAUGUCACUAAUGAUCAACUGUUGGAAGAAGCUGAUAUCAAAUUGGAUUUAUCAAUCUAUCGCAAUUUACAAAAGUUUGGUCUUGCCACUAGGAGAGAUUUUAACAGAGUAAGAUUUUCCAGUGUAAAAUUUUCAGCUUGGUAUAAUACGUUGGUAAGUUUAAAGUUAAAUCGUGUUGAUGUGGGGAUCGAAUUCUUGAGAUUUACAAAUUUGGAAGAUCUAUCGAUCACUGUGCAAGAUGGAAAGAAUAUAUAUAUAAGACAUAUGCCUCAAUCUCUUAAAAAGUUAGAAAUCGUGGCAUGUAGAGAUAGACCCAAAUUUGGACGAGCAAAGUGCAUUUUGAAUUCCAAAGAUAAUUGGCCACCAAAUUUGCAGCUUUUGGAUUUAAAUGAGGUACGUGUUGUUAAAGAAAAGUCUAAUUUUUACGAUAUAAGAAACUUCAAACUUCCCGCAAAAUUGAUUCUGUUACGUAUAUCUGGUAUACCUUUUUUUCAUAUUCUAAACAAAUUGCCUGAUACAUUAGAAGAAUUCAGAUGGCGUCGUACGGAGAAGUCAAAUGAAAUAAUCGCAGAAAACAUUACAUUCCCGUUAGGAAUUAAGACAUUGAGUUUAGCCGAAGUAAAUUUCACGAUGGAAGAAGGUAAAUAUGUACAAAUUCCUCAGAAUUUGAAACAUUUGGGAUUAAGUUCAUGUCGAAGUUCAUAUCCUCUAAAUGAUUACAACUUUGAGAAUUCGAAUUUUACGUUAGAAAGUCUAAAUAUCUCCAAGUUUGAAAGCCCUGCUCCCUUUACUAGAUUGGAUUUCUGUGAAUUUUCAAAGCUAACGUUAAUAAACUUCUCUAAUUGUGAAAUUUAUAGCUUGGAUAAUUUUAUACCUCCAUCUUGUUUGGAAAUACUAGAAAUUUGGUGUAACCCAAUUAGUUCAAUUGACGAGUAUUGUGUCGUAUUCAAUAAUCCAACAAAAUACCCCAAAUUGAUUGAUAUACAGAUAAUGUAUUGUGAAAUUAACUACAUAUCUCCUGAAAUUGAACUUCCUAUCAAUCUAUGUGAACUUACAAUUUCUGACAAUGUUGGCAAAGAGUUUUAUUUAAAUUCUUCUAUUAGAGACCAUGAAUCAUUAUAUGUGUUAAAUAUAUCUGGUUUAUCUAAAGUUAGAAUUUGCGAAGAUGAAGACGAUAAUGUACAGACUGAUACAGUAUUUGUUAAUCCUAAACUUAAAUUGGCUUAUUUAGACCUCCAAUUUUUAAUUCCCGAUGAAUAUGUAAUACGUGAAUCGUAUGGCAAAAUAGAAUCAUAUUUAGGAGCAAAUGUAAUGAAGAAUACAAACAUUCAUUAA